AAUUCGCUCUUUUUCUUUUUUCAGACCCUCCAAACUGCCCUGCUUAUAACUUUUACUCGUUUACUUAAGUAAUAUGCAUUUCUGACACCAAAAAACACUGCCAAAAACUAAGAGAAACCAGAAAAAACAACAAAAUCCAAAGGUGAUGAGUCCCGAGUUAUUUAAUCAACGCAACAACAGCAGCCAAAGCUUACAAAGCAACAGCACACAGCAACAAGCAAACUACAACAAUGGUAACCACGCCAACAAUAACAUGAAUAGGCUCUCUGCCUCAUUAACACCCACUGCAACACCACAAAUGAUGCAUCGCCACAAUGCCAGCGUUUACAUGACGCCUGGCGACGCCAAUAGUAUAGAAGCGCAUGCGCCAACAACGAUGCCAAUACUCCCAAAUACGCCACCACGCACACCACAAAUCAAUGCGGUGGUGCGUGGUAAAAUUAUCGGCGAGGCAGGACUGUCCGCGCUGCCAACAGCGGCGCCCAUACCGGCUUUCGCACCAGGCACCGACAUAAUCGGUAGUAUGUUGGGCGAUUUCGGCAUCUGGCAGUUGCGCUCGGUGCUGAUACUAUUUUUGUGCAAAUUACCCGCCUCCUGGUUUAUGGCCUGUAUUAUAUAUACAGCGCCGGAAAUUAAGCCGAACACGCAGUACUACUGUGACUCAACUCAGGUGAGCGCAAAUCAGACGAUAUCGGAGGAUCAGUGCUAUUUAGAGGACGCUAGCGCCAGUGUGGCGCGAAAGCCAUGCACGCGUUUCGACUACGACGACAACUUCUAUUCGCUCAUCAUCCAGUACAAUUUGGUUUGCCUGCGUGAAAUUUUUGUGGCGUGGACGCAAUAUUGGCAUCUGUUUGGUGUGCUGGUGGGUGGCGUAUUAGGCACCAAAGCUAUGCUGAAACUCAGCCCGCGCACGGUAUACAUUAUCGGCGCCGUACUGCAGAUCAUUUUGGGCGUCACUACCGGCUAUUCAAUAGAUCUAUCAAUGCAUUGCCUUUUCCGUUGCCUCGCAGCUGUCGGUUGCGCGCUCAUGUUCACCUCGGCGCAAGCGAUAUUUGUCGACAUCACUGGCGGCCGCUAUCGCACCGGUGUCAUCAUACUCUACGACACUUUCUGGUCGUUGGGCGUAAUACUAUUGCCGGGCAUUUCGUCGUUCUUCAAAAGUUGGAACGAACUCUACUUGGGCAUUACAUUCCCCACCAUUGUGCUAUUGUUCCUGCUGCAAUGGACACCAGAGUCACCGCGUUGGCUGUUGAAGAAUGGCAACGACCACGAUGUCUAUCGCGUGGAGCGCAUGAUACGCAAGGCUGUGGACAUCAACGAACGCACAUUCCUCAUGCCGGAUGACUUUCGGCAGCAGUUGACGAAGUUACGCAAUACAUUGCGUUCACAGAAGCCACCGGCUACAUGGCUACAGCUGUGGCGCGGUCCACGUAGUAUACAUUACAUGUUGGCGGCGCACAUAGCACUUGCUUGCUAUAUUGUCAACUACAUGGGCAUGUUGUUGAAUUUGCGCUCAUUCGGUCGUGACUAUCGGGUGCCGAACACUAUUGCGAUGGGUGUCGCUGAAAUCAUUGGCUGUUUUGUAGCGCUACAUUUCGUCAUGAAGUUCGGUAAGAGGAAGUUUAUGUACGCCGGUUGUUUCAAUAUAAUCGCGGGACUCGUGGGUUGCCUCGGUUGGACGUUUACGCACGCCAAUUUGAAUCCACACCUCAAAGUCGCUCUAUGGAUGAUAAUCGCCCUUGUGCCCAAAAUGAGCGUCUCUUGUGCUCAAUCUAUGAUGCAGGGUUGCAUGGCCGAGGUAAUGCCACCGAAUAAGAAGCAACCAUUUGCCUUCUCUGUCGUCACAUGGGCACGCAUUUGGCUGCUAAGCGCUCCGUUCAUCAAUCUGCUAAGGAAGAGCGAUACAGCUCUCUCGCUUACCGCAUUCGCUGUGCUCACUAUAAUCGGUGGCAUCUGUACUUGCUUGUUGCAGCCUCCGAAGGAAAACAACAAAGCUAAUCUUGCCAUGGCUGGAGUUGAUGAGAAUGAUGAAUCAAAUAAAAAAGAACGUUCACCACUAACCGCCACUGUUUGGACGGUGGAAGGGGAUAGAAAUAAUUCGCGUAUAUAAGUCGAUUGUAAAUACUAUAAACAUAUGUAUUUGUAUGUAUGUAGUUGUAUUAUAUGAGCUUAGAGAGUAGUUAGUUUUUAGCGCGUGCCAUUGGAAACAAAGUCCUCCCCCUUUAGUCCUUAGUUUAAUCUAUGUAUAGUAGUUUAUAAUGCACAUGUUAAAAUUGUUAUAAAUGUUAUCGUUACUUAUUAGCAUACAGUCAUAAUUUAAUAAUUGGCUCAACGGAAAAUUAAUAGUAAAUAAUUUUGUGAUUAGCUGCGCCAUGUUAACCGUUAUUUCACUCGAUUGAUUUUCGAGCAGAGCCUUUGGAUUUCUAACCCGUUUAUAAUUUUCAAAACUUCUAUUAACAAUUCAUACUGAAGUUUGAAUUGCAUUGGCCUGUAUUACUCGCAUUAUGAAAAAGACGAAUCUAACAGUAUCAUUCCUUAGUAAGCAUUCACAUGUAAGUAC